UGUGUGCAGCCUCCAAAACACAAACUAUACCGCUAUUUUACAGUCUUUUCUCAUACAAAGCAAGUCGCGUUGGAAAACAGAGGAACAAAUGCUUGGAAAGUAAUUUAUCUCAGCCUGAUAAACAGACACAGCCCAUGAAAAGCAACUAAACCUGAUUAAAUGUCCCGUGCGUCCUCCAUAUUUGGACAACAGAGGAAACCGAACUGUCCAUCGGACGAAUCGCCACGACUAAAAUUCUGACAUUUAAACGCGUUUCGACGAGGUUAAGGGACUUUACAGAGAGGGGCUAUCAUCAUUGAAGAGGAACCAAACAAUUGACCAGAUGGAGAAUGGAGACUGGGCACACAUGAUGACGGGCACGGUUACCUUAAAUGUUGGUGGGCACUUGUACACCACAUCGCUGUCCACUCUGCAGCGUUAUCCAGACUCUAUGUUGGGCGCCAUGUUCCGUGGCGAUUUUCCAACCACGCAAGAUGCCCAGGGCAACUAUUUCAUAGAUCGGGAUGGUCCUCUAUUUCGUUACAUCUUGAACUUUCUACGAACCUCAAAACUGACACUACCAUGUGACUUCAAAGAGACGGAGCUCCUCAGGAAGGAAGCUGACUUCUACCAGAUAGAACCCUUGAUCCAGUGUUUAAGCGACACCAAACCUCUUUAUCCUCUGGACACCUUUGAGCAAGUGGUAGAACUUUCGAGUACUCGUAAACUCUCCAAGUACUCUAAUCCAGUGGCUGUCAUUAUUACCCAACUCACCAUAACCACCAAAGUCCACGCGUUGCUUGAAGGUAUCUCCAACAACUUCACCAGAUGGAAUAAACACAUGAUGGAUACCAGAGACUUUCAAGUGUCAUUUACCUUUGGACCAUGCGACUACCAUCAGGAGGUCUCCCUUAGAGUACAUUUGGUGGAGUACAUCUCAAAGCAAGGUUUCACUAUUCGAAACACACGGGUACAUCAUAUGAGUGAACGCGCCAAUGAGAAUACAGUGGAACACCAUUGGACUUUCUGUAGAGUUGCACAGAAGGUUGAGGACUGAUCCAAUGCACUGCAGAUUCUGUUCCGUAACCUGUAAAUGGAGAUGAAACCUAAGGUAACCAAUAGAGUGCAACGGCGACCACCUACUGUUUCGGUACUUUUUGUAUCUUUUCCAUAGGCAUUUAGAAAAUCCUUCAAAAAUAGUUCUAAGCCAUGAACCAAACAACCAGUUCUGAGAUGUUUUGAUUUGAUACCAUGUCCACAUUAUCGUUUUCCAAAGUAUGAAGUAAUGGAGAGACACUGUUUUCGGUUUUCAAACCUUAAGCAUAAAAGUAUUUGAAAAGUGGAACUAAUAGAAAAGUACAAGACUGUGUACUUUAAUUAUUUUAUGCAGUAGUGAACUACUCUUCCUAUGUAGCAUUGCGAAUUACAUAAUCAAUUCAGAAAUGACUGUAUAUUAUAAAACUGUUGACUAUAUAAGUCAUUGAUAAAUGUAUACGAUAAAUUUGAUGUACGAAUAUAGAAGUUGUUUGAAAGUGUAGCUACACUGAAUCGAUUUUGUCUCUAUAAUAAGAAGCUAUAGCUAAAAUCAAUUGCAAAUUAACGAAUUACAUUUUUACUUCCAUAGCUGUUGCGCUCUAUAAUUGACACAAUGAAAAUGUUCAUUGUAGUGUGUAUUUUUACCGCUACAGAAAAUAAUGUACAUAAGGAACCUGAGGGGGAAAAAAUCAGUAUUUUUUCCUUUUCACGGUCUUAAAGUUCUAUUUUCCUCAUUCGGGAAAAAGUGACCGCUUCCUACAAUGUCAUGUUACCAAAUCUGUAAAUUCACUCUGUAUAUUAUUAAUAUAAUGCAUCAGUGUUAAAUUUAAAUUAUGUCACUGUUCAUAUGUAUUUAUCAUUUCUCUGCAGGUAUUUCGUCUUGUGAUUUUCAUAAACUGUAAAUUAUGGAUGCUUGGAAUGUGCAUGGUUUGCAUGAUUGUGUGGUAUCUGCGCUACAAUUGAUUUAUUAUUUAUUGUUAGUUAUAUUUCCUCUAUUUAAAUAUGUGAAAAAUGAUUUGUAAUUUGCAUGUUGCAUAAUUAAUAAUAAGUUUAGUAACGAUUAUCUUAUUUGUACAGGACUAGUUUUUCCUUUGGAGGUUAGGUACAUUUUAGUUUUCAAUUCUGUCCGAGUCGAAGACGUGUAUGUUUUCUCUCGCAACUUUGGUAGAAAAUGACAGAGGAAAUCGCCUACUGUUCGCCAACUUUAGCAUCCUCUAAGAAAUCGAAUACAUGCCAGAUAGGAAUGUCUGAGUAUGCAAUUUUUUUCAUAAGCUGUAUACAUUUAUUUAUUACACAUUUUUGUUGAUUAUAGUAAAUAAAGCUACAUUUCCUAUUGCUGGUGCACCUUCAUGAAGGAUUUAGACCUUUUUGCCAACAUUCUGGGUGAAAUAACAUGGUUUAAGUACUGCCUGCUGGCAUCACAUUCGACGUAAUAAAAUAAAAAGAAAAAAUAGAAAGAUAAUUCAAUCAAAUCCCAUUUCCAAUCCCAGACUGAUCAAAAUGGCCACUGUAGUAGCAGCAUUAGUUAUGUUCAUCAUCUUAAUUAACUCUUUCCCUUAAUUAUAUACAUAAUGUUAUAAUCUAUUUUAAUGGGUUUCAUAAUUGCACACAUAUAGAGCAUGUGAUCUUCUUGAACAUCUUUUGGAUCAACCAAGAACGUCGAUUGCCGUUUUCUGUCCAGUGUUGAUGGAAUUCCUAUUGAAACAGGAAGUUUGGGCGGGACAUAUUGAAGUGUUUGUUUAUUUUUUAAAUAACCAAUAGGCUUUAGUAGCAUCAUAGCCUCAAGUCAUGAUUUCUACUUGCUGGUGAGCUCCAAGGGGAGGAACAUUCUCAUUCUUGAGAGCAUUUGAUUGGACAAAUAUCAGUGUAGUGCAAGAUGAGUCAUCGAUAUUUUUCGGUCCAUUUUUCUGGAAGAGACAAACUGCACUUUUAAGUGUGUACUGCUAUAUAUGAAUGUUGUCAAUGUUUAGGAGUAUGCCAACAUACAGAUUGACCUCAAGGCGAAUAAAAUAUAUCGCAAAAUAUAAAUAAACUUUAAUUUCAUGAUGGAGUGUGUGAUUACUGCACCACUGGCACCAAUGAAUGUAUUUGCAAUAAUACAAAAUUCAAACAGCCUUCUGAAUACUCCCCCCAUCUGCUGUAGAUCGAACAAACAGAUAAUCCCGCCCCAACUCACACCAUUGGUUGAGUCCAUGUUGUUGUGUCGGGCUAAACGGUUUACUCAGUACAAACAGAAAAACACUGAAAAAGUUACACACUUCAGCUUUAAAGUUCAUUUUAAUCUAAGACUCUUUGAAGCUAGUAUCUGAAACUAGUCUGUUAUUUUAAGGAAUCACGAAGUGUCAUGUUUGUGUCUAGAGAUUUAAUGGUUUGCCGAGCCGGACAAAAUUCCAGUGCAUGGAUGAGUUCAUUCAUGUGUAAUAAAAUUGACCUACAAAUUAAAAAAACAAGUGUUUUGUCAUGCUGUCACGGAUCCUUCUGACCCACCUACCAAUUUCACUCAACCCUCUCACUCUCCUGAGUACUGAUCACCAAGUACCGAUUGCAUCGAUCAACUCCUCUAUAUAAACCUCACUCCUCUUCCAUUCUGUGUCUGGUCUCAACUUCGUGUACAGACUCACAACUCAUUCCUCUCCAGUGACUCUUCUACUCCAAAUGUUUCCACUCCAGUGCCCAUCUCCUCAAUGCAAGCUUCGCUGUUGCAAACCUCAAGGAAAGUCACCAUCUCUAUCAGCAUCAGUCUUCAUCAUGUAAACGAUCACCACUUCACAACCAAGUACUGUCACGACU